AUGCCUUCCGCCUCCAAGGAGAAGCGUCUCGCCGCCAAGGCCGCUAAGGCUGCCAGCAAGGGAGGAUCCGCCAAGUCGACUCCCGCCCCUUCCACUGCCGCUGGUACCCCGUCUAUCAGCGCCAACGGCUCGUUCGCUGACCUGAGCGACGCUCAGGCCCAGAUGCGCAAGCUCAACCUCGCCACUGACCGCAGUGCUAACGGUGUCCUCGUCUCCGACCCUCAGUCUCGUGACAUCAAGAUCGACCAGUACACCCUCUCGUUCCACGGUCGUCUCCUUAUCGAGGGUGCCGAGAUCUCGCUCAACUACGGAAACCGUUACGGUCUCCUUGGUGAGAACGGAUCCGGCAAGUCGACCUUCCUUCAGUCCAUCGCUGAGCGUGAUGUUGAGAUCCCCGAGCACAUCGACAUCUACCUCGUUUCCGGUGCCGCUGAGCCCUCCGACAUCAACGCUCUUGACUACAUCGUUAACUCCGCCAAGGAGAAGGUUGCCCGUCUUGAGAAGAUGGCUGAGGAGAUGGCCAUCGCCGACGAGGUUGACGAGGUCGGUCUUGAGAUGAUUUACGAGGAGCUCGAGGAGAUGGACCCGUCGACUUUCGAGGCCAAGGCUGGUGCCAUUCUCUCCGGUCUCGGUUUCAAGCAGGACAUGAUGAAGAAGCCCACCAAGGACAUGUCUGGUGGUUGGCGUAUGCGUGUCGCCCUUGCCCGUGCGCUCUUCGUCAAGCCCCACGUUCUUCUCCUCGACGAGCCCACUUCGCACUUGGACCUCGGUGCCGUCGUCUGGCUUGAGGCUUACCUCGCCACCUACAACCACAUCCUCAUCCUCACCUCCCACUCGGCCGACUUCAUGGACACCGUCUGUACCAACAUGAUGGACCUGACUCCCAAGAAGAAGCUCAUUUACUACGGUGGUAACUACUCGACCUACCUCCGUACCAAGGCCGACAACGAGAUCAACCAGAUGAAGGCCUACAACAAGCAGCAGGAGGAAAUCGCGCACAUCAAGAAGUUCAUCGCUUCCGCCGGUACCUACGCGAACCUUGUCAAGCAGGCCAAGUCUAAGCAGAAGAUUAUCGACAAGAUGGAGGCUGCUGGUCUUGUCGAGAAGGUUGAGGCUGGUAAGCCUCUCCGUUUCAACUUCGAGGACAUCAAGAAGCUUCCUCCUCCCAUCAUCGCUUUCUCCGACGUCGCGUUCUCGUACUCCGGCAAGAAGGAGGACUACCUGUACCGUGACCUCAACUUCGGUAUCGACAUGGACUCGCGUAUCGCUAUUGUCGGUGACAACGGUACUGGAAAGUCUACUCUUCUCAACCUCAUCACCGGCGCCCUGAACCCGUGCGAGGGUACCGUCCAGCGUCACGGUCAGCUCAAGCUCGCCAAGUACAGCCAGCACUCCGCCGACCAGCUGCCGUACGACAAAUCGCCUGUCGAGUUCCUUCAGUCGCGCUACAAGGACAAGUUCCCCGAGAAGGAGAUUCAGUUCUGGCGCCAGCAGGUCGGUCGCUUCGGUCUUACCGGCUCCCACCAGACCAACCCCAUCAGCCAGCUCUCCGACGGUCUCCGAAACCGUGUCUGUUUCGCCGACAUCGCCCUCGAGCACCCCCACGUUCUUCUUCUUGACGAGCCGACCAACCACCUCGACAUGGCUUCCAUCGACGCCCUUGCCAAGGCUAUCAACGAGUUCGAGGGAGGUGUCGUCAUCGUGUCCCACGACUUCCGUCUCAUUUCUCAGGUCGCUCAGGACCUCUGGGAGGUCAAGGACAACACGAUCACGAACCUCACGAAGCAGGACAUCUCGAUCGUCGACUACAAGCGCGGCCUCGCCAAGCGCUCGCAGGCCCAGAUCGAGAAGGCCCAGCUUCUCUCCAAGUCGUCCACCAAGGGUGUCGCCUAA